AUGUUAGAAGAACAAGAAUAUGAUGAUGAUAAUGAUGCUGUUCAAGAUCCAGCUAUUGUUCUUAAACAUCAAAAAUAUAAAACUCGAUUAUAUGUUAUUCUUCUUGCAGUGUGUCUCUAUAUGUUAUUCUAUGUUACUUUGAUUAAAACCGAAUCUAAGACAAUUAUGAUCUCGAAUGUAACGCCUGAUACUUUUGAGAAGCUUUAUUUUGAGCAUGAUCAGACUCUUUCAUGUCCAUGUUCAGCAAUAGCAAUACCCUAUCGAAAUUUUACUUCGAACAAUGUUACAAUGCAUCCGGUUUGUUCGAGUAUCUUUAUUGAACCAGAAUGGAUCAAAGGAUUAUAUUUUUCAAAUGCAAGUCAAUAUGGAGCAUGGGAUUUUCGAACAACAGCACAUUCACAAUUUGAACUUUUAUCAAGUUUUUGUUCACUUUCAAAAGAAAUUAUUUCUCAAACUGAAACUGAUAUUGACAAUAAUGAACUUGUUACUCUUUAUCUUCUUUCUGAAAAACAAAUUCAAUUGCAAAUAGAUGGAACAACUGACUUACUAAAGAACAGUGCAUCGUCUCAAAUGAUAACAUAUUUAGAUUAUUUAAAAAACACAAUUCAGACAAAUUAUCUAAUUUCAGCUCUCAAUACAAAUUUAAUAAUUAAAACAAAACGGUGGGGUGAAUUUAUUGCUACAGCUACAGAUCCAGUAUGGCGCGUUUUUGAUUCUUAUACAUCCAAAGCAUGCAAUAAAGAGAUAGUACUAGCUAAUGCUACUUUCAGUCAAGUGAUCUACGAAUUAAUCGACGCCCAGAGUAGACGCUCAUUGAAUCAGAGGCCAAACUCUACAACUGUUAAUGGAUUCUUUAUAGGAUGUACUCCUCUUGAAGCCCUUCUUGAAAGUACAUUAGAUUGUUUAUAUCAGACAGAAUGCCUUCAAUUAUUAAUAGAUUAUUUUCCAAUUCGUCAACAAAUAAAUUUCCAUGCAAAUGAUUCAGUUUUAACUUCAAAACAUGAAAAUAUAUCUGUUAAUAAAUAUUUGAAUAAUCUUUUCAUUAUGAAUUGGUCACCAGCAAUUGAUUAUACAAAAUAUUUUCAUCAAUGUUCUCCAUCAAACUGUACAUAUUCUAAAAAAGAUCGAACAGAACUAUCUUAUGCAAUAACUCUUUUCAUUAGUCUUUAUGGUGGUCUCAUUAUUAUACUUCGUCUUAUUGCAUCAUGGUCUGUCGAUAUUCUAUCGAAACUCAAAUAUUAUUCACGAAAGAGAAAUGAAAAUUCAGGUCAAAAUGGAAAGAUAUUGAAAUUUAUUAAAUCAAUAAAACGAUUAAACUUAUAUAAGAAUGUUAGUAAUCGAACAGAAAAUGGUAUCAAACAACAAAAGACUAUCACACGUGUUUAUUUGAUUUUAUUAACUGGUUCAAUUUGUAUUCUUUGUUUAUUCACAUCAUUAAACAGUGAAACUAAGACAAUAAUUGAAAAAAAUCCAUCAUUAACAACUUAUAAUUCUUUAAGAGGAGACUUACAUUCCGUUUCACUCCAAUGUCCAUGCUCUAAUAAAACAAUUCCUCAUCAAAAAUUUGUCUCAUUGUCUCCACAUUUUCAUCAAAUAUGCUCGAGUGGUUUUGUUGAUGAUGAUUGGAUUGAAAUAAUGAAAGUGGAUAUACAUACUAUUAUUUCUGAGGAUUGGCGUUUUCGUGUAUCCACAAUGUUUCAAUUGUUAUCUGAUUUUUGUCAAUUGGCUAAUAGAACAAUCAAUGAUGCUAUGAAACGAUAUCUUUCUCAAUUAUUUAUUACUUCUUUUGUGAUGAACGAAGACGAUUUCAACAAACAAUUAAAUUCCAGCCUCAGUCAUUUUUAUCGAUCAACGGUUCAUAAUUUUGAUUUGAUGACAAAUACCUUACGACUUCUUAUGCAGAUUGAUCAGCUGUAUAUAGAAUCAAACCGACAUAUUGCAGAUUUCAAAAAAACCGAUCUAAUCGUAAAUCUUGUACAAAAUAAAACAAAUACAACUGAAUUAAUAAAGCUGAAGUUUAUUUUAAACGAAAUCACAGAAAUCAACUCAUCAAUGACUAGAUGUGUUUGUGCAACUGAUCCUUAUUGUAAAGUUCCGGCUGUUAUUUACGAUGGUAGUUUAAUUUAUAGUGUAUCAGGUUGGAUUCAAGGAUGUCUUGCUAUGGAUUCUCUUCUUCUGUCAACAUUGGAAUGUUUAUAUGCAGAUUCAGAUUGUUUUCCAUUAUUCGUGAGUUAUACUGUCAAGCCGUUUUAUAACCAUUUCGAGACACCAUCACAUAUAAUGCAUCCAUUGGUUUAUAAUCCAAUGAGCCGUUUUCCUCCAAAUACAACUGUUUCAGUGAUGUUUAGGAAAAUGAUGAUCGAAGAAUGGAAUCCAGCUUCAUCAUAUCAAUCGUUUUAUGAAGCAUGUGCACCGAUUUAUUGUACUUAUUUUCGAAAGAUUCGUACACAAAAUUUUUUUAGAGUGAUGAUAAAAUUGAUAUCAAUGAUUGGUGGUGUUGUGGCUUUAUUACGAAUUAUGACACCUUAUCUUAUUAAAUUUAUUCUUCAACUACCAACAAUAUGUAAGAAAAAGAAACAACAUCAACCAAGAGAACGAGUUCAUCAAAGUUGUGCCAAUCGAAUGAAAAUCAUGAUACGAAAACUGAUUAAGCUUUUGUCAACAAGUUUAAUUGAAUUAAAUAUAUUUUCAACACGUGAUUUUGGAAGUAAUACUGAUCAAAUAACAGCUAAACGUUAUGGUCGAUGGGCAACUCGUCUUUAUAUCAUUUUAUUUCUUAGUUGUCUGAUUAUUCUUAUCUCUUAUACAACUAUUCGACCAGCUAGUUUAACAGAAACUUUCAAGAAACCAUGUUUUAUUCGUUAUACAUAUUUAAAAAAAACUUAUGGAAAUAAUUUAAAAUGUCCAUGUUCAAAACUAGCAUCAACAUAUGAUCGAUUUGUUGAAAUUAAACCAGAAUUUCAUUUGAUUUGUUCAAGUGAAUUCAUUUCCGAAGAAUGGCGAAUCGGUAUAACAAAUGGUCUUGUUUCUAAUUUAUCUAUUUAUUCACAAAAAGAUUAUCGUCGAUUUAUUUCUGCUCAUAUACAAUAUCUUCAAGGAUUAUGUCGACUUUCUCAACAGUCAAUUAAGGAUGCUGUUAAUGAAUCUUUAACAUCAUUAUUAGUCACUAUUGAACUUAUCUCUGAACAGAAUUUUUAUAAUCAUCUUAAUAACUCAAUUGAGCAAAGCAAAUCAAAUGCUCCUGUUCUAUUCUCUCGUCUUCUCUUCAUUACUCGAACUGUUAAUCAUGGAAAUGCUUACAUAUCAACAUAUGGCACAAAUUUCGAAUAUAUUUCUUUGUUGACUAAUGGUAUGGAAGGUUAUGCAUAUACUGAAGGUAUGAUCUAUGAUAAUGAAUGCUCAUGUGGAUUGUAUUCAAAUUGUACAACUCAAGCAACUUUUGUCGAUGAAAAUUCCUUAGAGAUGAUACCAGUGAAAGGAUUAAAAAUAGGAUGUACACCAAGUGAAUCAUUUCGUUUAUCAACUCUUGAAUGUUUUUAUAAUCAAUCAUGUCUUAAUCUUAUUCAAAACUAUACAAAUUAUCAUAAUUCUUCAACUCCUCUUUCAACAAUCUCCAGUCGUUUUCCAGAGAAUACAACAAUUGAUGAAUUAAUCAAAAAUUUAUUCAAUGAACGAUGGUUCAAUCAAUCCAAUUAUUCAUCUUAUUAUGAACAAUGUUCUCCUUUGUUAUGUUCAUAUACUAAUAUUGAAAGAUUUAAUAUAUUUUAUACGAUAACCCUUUUUCUUGGUCUUCAAGGUGGUUUAACAAUAGUUCUUAAAUGGAUUUGCCCAAAAUUAGUUCGAAUUGUAUCAACAAUCAAUCGUUAUCGAAAAAGACAAAAAACAUCAAUUCAUCCUGACAAUUCUCUUGAAAUAUCAUCUGAUAGUUCUGUUAUUCAUAUUAUAACUUUAAAUGUUGAAAUUCCAAGAACUGAUAAUAUAGCAUCUGAAAUUAUUAUUCCACCAAGUCGACGUUAUUCUAAUAAAAUUUUGAUAAUUGUAUUACUAAUAUUUAUGAUCGUCGGUAUUAUCAUUUUUUCGAUUUAUUAUGCUCAAUAUGUUUCGGCAACGGAUGCACCAAUGGAUGAUAGUUUGAAUACAACAACAAGUACGAUGAUAAUAACAUCUUCGACUACACCAGAACCACUUUGUCAAUCGGAAUUCGAGUUGAUAUCAAUAAAUACGCAUUGUGUUGGACAUGUUUUCCACUCAGUUUACAGCGUUGCUGCAGAUUUUAACAAUGAUAAUCAAGUUGAUCUGAUGUACAUUUGUAACUUUGAUUUCAAACAGAAGAUGACUUUAUUAUUGGGCAAUAGUAACAGAACAUUUCAAGAACCAGUUAUGUUCUCAUUUGAAAGUUUUAAACUAUUACAACAUGUUCUUGUUGCUGAUGUUAACACUGACAAUCGAUCUGAUUUAAUUUUGAUACACAAAAAUGGAAAGAAUAACGUUUUUACUAUUUUAUUUGGAAAUGAAAAUGGAAUAUUUCAAACACAAAACAUGUUGUCUCAAGUAAUACAUCAAUUUCCAUAUCAGAUCAGUGUGAUUGAUGUCAACAAUGAUGAGAAAGUAGAUAUCAUUAUGAUUCGUGAAGAUGAUUGUAAUAUUUAUGUUAUGUAUGGAAACGGAAAUACAACUUUUUCAUCAGAAUUUACCUUAUUUGUAGGGGUAAACUGUGAUCUAGGAGGAUUAGGUGUUGGUGAUGUUAAUAAUGAUAGCUAUUUCGAUAUUAUUGUAAACGAUCUUACAUCUUCACAUAUUUAUGUAUUUUUUGGAGAAGCUAAUGGAAAAUUUCAAUCAGUGAAAUGGUUUUUUACUGCACUUGAUACUCUAGCAUCUAUUAUAGUUAUUGGUGAUUUUAAUAAUGAUGAUCAAUCUGAUAUUGGUUUUAUUUACAACAAUUGGAAUGAUCUUUUUUAUAUGAUAUAUCAAUAUAACAAUAAUAGUUUUAGUGUUAAUGAAAGAGAGAAAAUUAUUAUAAAACGUCAUCAAUACAUAUAUUCAGCUGUUGUAGGUGAUAUUAACGGUGAUAAUCAUUUUGAUAUUAUUAUUAAUUUGGAUCGACCAUCCAGAAUCUAUGCAUUACUUGGAUAUGGAAAUGGAAAGUUCUCUAUACAAACCAUUUAUCCAAAUGCAUCUCAAUUUGGUUACGACUGGCUUAGUCUUACUAAUUUCAAUAAUUAUAAUUAUCAAGAUAUAAUUGGUAUGGACGCACACUCUAAACUCAUAAAUAUUUUCUUAAACAAGCGUCAAUGUUCAGCAACCUAA